AUGACUCAAUUGAUAGCACUCUUUCUAUGUGUUUUCAUGGCGCUGGCAUUGGCGGAGGCUAGAGUUCGUCACUACAAGUGGGACAUGAAGUAUGAGUUCAAGUCGCCGGACUGUUUCAAGAAGCUGGUCAUCACCAUCAAUGGAAGGUCCCCGGGCCCGACCAUUCUUGCGCAACAGGGAGACAUCGUCAUCGUGGAAGUUACCAAUGGGUUGGUGACAGAGAAUCUCGCGAUCCAUUGGCACGGAAUCCGGCAGAUUGGAAGUCCAUGGAGUGAUGGAACAGAGGGGGUGACUCAGUGUCCCGUUUUACCUGGAGACACUUUUACCUAUCGUUUUGUCGUUGACCGGCCCGGAACAUACUUGUACCACGCGCAUUACGGGAUGCAAAGAGAGGCUGGAUUGUACGGGUCGAUCCGGGUUUCGUUGCCGGAUGGCAUGGCUGAGCCGUUCGAUCACGACUACGACAAGAGCAUCAUCCUCAACGACUGGUACCACAAGAGCACUUUUGAGCAAGCUGCUGGCUUAUCCUCCAUUCCCUUCGGUUGGGUUGGGGAGCCUCAGUCACUGCUAAUUCAAGGAAAGGGAAAGUUCAAUUGCUCCAAAUUGGCCACUCCGACCUUAGAUCCAACGGCUUGUAACACGACUAAUCCCGGAUGUUCGCCAUACGUACUAACAGUCAUCCCCGACAAAACAUAUCGCCUUAGGAUUUCAAGUGUGACCGCUCUAUCUGCUCUCAGCUUUCAAAUUGAGGGUCACAACAUGACUAUAGUUGAAGCAGACGGGCACUAUGUGGAGCCAAUUGUGGCCCGAAAUCUGUUCAUCUACUCGGGCGAGACAUACUCCGUCUUGAUCAAAGUCGACCAAGAACUGUCAAGAAAUUACUGGAUCAUGACCAACAUCGUUGGCCGGAACGCCACGGCCACGACCCCUCCCGGUCUAGCCGUUCUUAAUUAUUACCCAAACCAUCCGAAGCGGGUCCCACCCACGGAUCCGCCUGCCGGCCCGAUUUGGAAUGAUGUCACGCCACGAUUGGCUCAAAGCUUGGCGAUCAAAGCCCGCCAAGGAUACAUCCAUACUCCACCACCCAAAUCAGACCGAGUGAUUGUGUUCCUCAACACACAGAACAAGAUUGACGGUUACUUCCGUUGGUCCGUGAACAACAUGUCGUUCACACUCCCGCACACGCCGUACCUGAUUGCCCUAAAGGAGAAUCUCCACCACACGUUCGAUCAGCACUCACCUCCCGACUGUCUACACGACUUUGCGAACUAUGACAUCUACCGCAUCGCAAACAACACCAAUUCCACCUCCAGCACCGCGAUAUAUAGACUAAAGUUCAACUCUACAGUGGACAUCAUAUUGCAAAAUGCAAACACUAUGACCGCAAACAACAGUGAGACACACCCAUGGCACCUCCACGGCCAUGAUUUCUGGGUCCUUGGGUAUGGGACGGGCAAAUUCAACCUCGACAAUGACCCAAAGAAGUACAAUUUGGCAAACCCGAUCAUGAAGAACACAGUGGCGAUCCAUCCUUAUGGAUGGACCGCCCUCAGAUUUGUCGCAAAUAAUCCGGGCGUUUGGUCGUUGCAUUGCCAUAUAGAGUCUCAUUUUUAUCUGGGCAUGGGCGUGGUGUUUGAAGAAGGUGUCGAAAAGGUGGGUAAGUUGCCUUCGGAGAUCAUGGGAUGUGGUAUGACAAAAGGCUUCAAGAGACCAUGA